ACUGAGCACAACACACUCUGCAAUCAACAGCUCACUGACUGGACAAGCUCAUCCACACAGCUGCAGUCAUGAAGGUCCUCGUAGUGCUCGUCCUCGCUGUUUUCACAGCUGGUUGCGAUGCCAACGUUGUGCGGCAAAACCGACCCAAGCAGCAGCUCGACAUGGUGAAAGAUGCUUUCUGGGACUACGUUUCCAAGGCAACCACGACCGCUGAGGACUCCCUGAAGCAGAUCAGACAGUCUCAGCUGGGAAAGGAAGUGAACACCCUCAUCUCUGAGAGCACCGACGCCGUCAACAAGCUCACCGACGCUCUGCGCACUCAGGUGGCUCCUCUGACCAAAGACCUUAUGGUGAAGUUCACCCAGGAGGCCGAGCAGCUGAAGACCCGUCUGGAGAAAGAUCUGACCGCAAUGGGAACCCAGCUGCAGCCCUACGCCGAGGAGGUGGUAGCUGACCUGCAGAAGCAGGUGGAGCAGCUGAAGAAGGACGCUACCCCUUAUGCUAACACCAUGGACCCCGAGGCCCUGAAGACCGUCCUGCUGCAGAAGAGCCAGGAGCUGAAGGGGCAGCUGGAUAAGAGUGUGUCCAGGCUGCAGACCCAGAUGGUUCCCUACGCCGAGGAGAUAAAGGAGAAGAUGGAGCAGAGCCUGGAGGAGUUUCAGAGGAGCAUGACCCCUCUGGCUCAGAGCUUCGAGACCCAGCUGACCCAGAAAACCCAGGAGAUCCAGCAGAGCCUGGCUCCAUACGGAGAGGAGCUGAGGGAGAAGCUGAACAAGUACAACGAGGAGCUGCGGACCAUGAUGCAGCAGAACGCUGAUGACGUCAGGGCCAGGGUCUCCGCCUACACCCACAAGCUGAAGAAACGCCUCAACAAGGACACUCAGGAGAUCAAGAGACAUGUUUCUGGAUACUUUGAGGAACUUAGGUCCCGUACCUCCGACAACAUAGAGGACGUGAGGACACGUCUGGACCCUUACUUCGCUCAGGUGCGUGACAACGCCCAGGCAAAGAUCAGCACCCUGAACGAUCUGCUGAAGACUCAGAUGGAGAACGUGAAGACACAGAUUGAGGCCACAGGUGAAGACCUGCGAUCUGCUGUGGAGGAGAAGAUGGAGGAGGUGAAGACCUGGUUUCAACCUCUUGUCUCCAUGGUCAGCUCUCACACUCUGUAAUCAAACAGUCUGGACUAUCACCACCACCUUAAAGGAUUCAUAAUAUUCUUUAUCACAGGCAUCCACCACAGUCUAAAUGUGUCUCUGUCACUGAAGACUCAAUAAAAUCAAACUGAUCACAUGUGGAAAA